AUGUUUCGCAACAGAAGAACCUCGCAGAAGCCCGAUGAAGAGCUCAUCAACAAGUUCAAGAAGACCUUCCCCGAUGUCAGCUCAACAGGGUCUUUAUCUGGAGAUGGCAGGCAGGGCAAUUCCAUCAACCCCGCCGCUAUAGAAGGAAUACAUGGCCAGUCUGGCAAUGCCGAAAUCAAGGCCAACGACCCAACUCCGAGAAAUCUUCAAGACUUUCGAUUUACCCCCUCUUUGAUGGAUCCGAAUUCUUUCCAGUUCAUGAACCUGGCAAAUCAGCCCCCCGGUUAUUAUACGCCUACCCCCGGAGGGAUGACAACAUUAUACCACCACCAGGCUGGCGAUCUUCACACACCACUCGGCUACAAUAUGGUCACCCCUAUCUCCAUUCCUAAUACGCUUUCCGCCGGCUUUCCCUCCGGGGCCAAUGGCGAGAUGACUGUUAAUCAUUAUCCUCAUCCGCCACUUUUCAUGCCACAAUCAUACAAUCCUUUCGCUCAACAGACAUUCGCGCCGAGUGCGUUUAUACACCGAGAUUCAGGUUAUGACCCGAUGGAUAGAUCUGAAGAAUCCUCCAGAGAUCACAUGUCUGCAUCGGGCGCUCAGUCAUUGAACAUGAUGAUGCCCGGUGUCGGCUUUUCCGAUCAAAUGGAAGAAUUGACAUUUUUGACUGUCAGCAGAUUUCGAUUUGGCGUCACCUUGCGCGCUCCGACUGCUAUGAUUAAGCAUGCCGAUGAAAUUCCGGUCACUUAUCUAAAUAAGGGCCAAGCAUAUUCGGUAUCUGUCGUCGACCAUUGCCCACCUCCACCCGGUUCGCAACUGCGCAAAUAUCGAACAUACAUUCGCAUUUCCUUUGAAGAUGAACAGCAGCGGUCAAGGCCAUCGACCUGCUGGCAGCUAUGGAAGGAAGGGCGCGGCUCGAGUGAAGCCCACCAACGAGGUGGAAAAUUGCUCGCUGUCGAAUACGUGGAUUCAACCCAGAGCGCAGACGACGGCCAAACUCAACGCCAAAUCGAACUUGAAAAGGCUUCGUUUGAUGGCUUUUGCGUCACUUGGACAGCGAACCCGGCAGUUGCUACGGCAGACUGUGCGAUUUCUGUCCGUUUCAAUUUCCUAUCAACUGACUUCAGCCAUUCCAAAGGUGUUAAAGGUAUACCCGUUCGACUCUGUGCCAAGACAGAAAUACUAUCUCCUAGUGAUGCAGUAGCACCUGAUAUGCCAGUUUCUGAGGUCUCUUAUUGCAAGGUAAAGCUUUUCCGUGACCACGGCGCAGAGCGGAAGCUUUCCAACGAUGUUGCACACGUCAAAAAGACGAUGGAGAAAUUGAAGCAGCAAAUGGCUCAAUUAGAAACGGGAGGAGGUAAUAUUGGCAAACGAAAACGUAGCAAUGUUUCUAUCUCGAUCAAGGGUUCUGACCAUAAUCGCCCAGUCAAAAUUCCUAAGCACAAACGGACGUGGUCGAUCGACUCGCAAGACGGCGGCAAGCUUUCGCCAGAAGACGAUCUCAAUCUGAAAUAUGCAAUGAUGCAGGACAUGUUUACAUCAACCCGGCCCGUCAGUAUACUUAACCUACGAGGUGACGAACACGACGACCCCGACUUAUUUCCUGUUGUAUUACCUGGCGAAUCCCAAGAGUUCAAGUUCGAGCCUCUUUCCCGUCAAAGCACCCGCGAGUCGCUCUAUAGCAACGAUGGAGCAUCUGCCGCGUCCAAUGUUCUCUCCCCCAGUAAUAGCAGCUUCUCUAAUGUUAACUCCCCACGGCGGCCUUCGGAACGCCAACUAUCAAGCCACAGCUUCCUUGAACACGACGAGGCAAUGGAGUGGACCAAUCCGAGUCUUCUGACCCAGCCAGUAAAAGUGAAGAAAGGUACGACUGGUUACAUUGAGGCUAUCGACAUCGACCCAACCUACAGACCCCCAGCGGAGCGUCCACCCAGACCAAUCGCAUGUUUUUACAUACGGUUCCCUGAUGAGCAAAAUGGCGAUUACUAUAGAGCAGUCUAUUUAACUCAGCGAACGGUUCGAGAUUUGAUGAAGAAAAUAUCUGAGAAAUACAAAAUCGACCCUGAUCGUAUCGUCCGAAUAUUGCGUGUCAGUCGGGAUGGUCUCAAAAUUAUGGUGGAUGACGAUGUAGUCCAGCAGCUACCUGAGGGGCAAGACAUGGUAGCUGAGAUUUCCCAGACAUCCAAGUUUGAGGUUGUGACUCCAGACGUCAACACCCCUCCCACAUCGGCAGUCGAAGUCAAAUUAACAUAUUAA